UACAGAGUGUGUACGUACUAGCGUGUAUCCGUUCGUCUGCGCCCUGUGCUAGUGCUGGAGCACAAUGGCGGCGUGCCGGGGAUCCGCUUCGAGAUGGUUCUUCACCCGGGAGCAACUGGAGAACACGCCGUCCCGCGCCUGUGGUGUAGAGCCGGACAGGGAGCUCUCUUACCGACAACAGGCGGCCAACCUAAUUCAAGAUAUGGGCCAGCGACUCAAUGUUUCACAAUUAACAAUAAACACUGCAAUUGUUUACAUGCACAGAUUUUAUAUGUUCAAUUCUUUCACCAAAUUCCACAGAAAUAUCAUUUCUCCAACAACCUUAUUCCUGGCUGCAAAAGUUGAGGAGCAGCCGCGGAAACUUGAACACGUCAUUAAAGUUGCACAUGCCUGUUUGAACCCACAAGAGGCUCAGCUGGACACAAAAAGUAAUGCAUACCUCCAGCAGGCUCAAGAGCUGGUGCUACUUGAAACCAUAGUGCUUCAGACUUUAGGGUUUGAAAUAACCAUUGAGCAUCCUCACACUGAUGUGGUGAAGUGCUCCCAGCUAGUGCGAGCCAGCAAGGAUUUGGCACAGACUUCCUAUUUCAUGGCUACCAACAGUCUGCACCUCACCACCUUCUGCCUUCAGCACAAGCCCACGGUCAUAGCCUGCGUGUGCAUUCACCUGGCCUGCAAGUGGUCCAACUGGGAGAUCCCCGUCUCCACGGACGGGAAGCACUGGUGGGAGUACGUGGACCCGUCCGUCACGCUGGAGCUGCUCGACGAGCUGACGCACGAGUUCCUGCAGAUUCUGGAGAAGACCCCGAGCAGAUUGAAACGGAUCAGGAACUGGAGGGCCACACAAGCCGCUAAGAAGCCCAAAGGUGACGGCCAGGCGUCGGAAUCCUCGUACCCGGGUUCCUCCCUGCUCCAGGGCCCCUCCCUGGUGGACGGCAUCCCCGGGGUCUCCGGAAACGCCGCGUUCCCCAAGUCCUCCUUUCCCGUCAUGCUGACCUCCGGCACCGGGGGCGCCCUCUCGCUGGACAGCAUCGGCAGCAUGCAGGGCGCCCCCUUCGCCUUCACCACCGCCGGCGACUGGCCCCAGGACACGGGCCGCUGCGAGGCCUUCUCGCUGAAACAGGAGGCCCCGAGCGCCCAGCAGGGGGCGCUGCCACCGCCCUCGCACGCCGCCGACUUCGGCCCCGUCAAACACGAACACAAGUCCGGGGGCGGGGCCAAGCACCAGCCGCCUCCGCCUCCCCCUCCCCUCUACCCCUCUCCUGCGGCCCCCGCCCAGAAACUGUCCCUGGACAAGUACCGCGAAAAGCACGCCGCCGAGCUGGCGGGUCAGAAGCGCCGGCCGGAGCCCAGCCUGGAGGCGGAGCCUCGGGACCCGUACGCGGGCGCGGCCCUGCUGGAGCAGCCGUACCACAGGAAGCACCAGCAACCGCUGCCCUCCGACAAGCACGCCGCGGAGAAGAGGGAUAAGGGCGCCUCCCUGAAGCUCCGCCUCCCGGUCCCGCCCCCCGAGAAGGCCGCCGGCAGCAAGGAGGAGCUGAAGAUGAAGAUCAAGGUCUCCUCGGAGGAGGGCGGGGCCAAGAGCCGCCACUCGGGCAGCCCGCUGGUGAGCAAGGAGAAGCACAGAGACCACUCCCACCGGCACCACAAGCACGCCCACGGCCACGCCCACCCACAGAGCGGGAACGGGCCAACGGCGGCGGCGGCGGGGGGGGCGCCCUUCCGGACGCCCGUUGUCGGGGGCGAGGCGGCGGGCCCGGCCUCCGGCUCGUCGCGGAAGAGGGCGCACCCCGACGCCCCUCACAACCACCACCACCACCACCACUCCAAAUCGAGCAAAAGUGGGAAAAGCGCAGGUAGCUCCUCUCACCUUUCCUCUGUAAAGCAGUGUGUGUCCUCUCUCAGCUCUGAUCUUAACCCCCCCUUCCCCCCCCCUCCCCCUGUCACACACCAGGUGGGCUACGAACAUCUCAACUCCCUAGUGAAACUGGACAGGAGGUCGAGGGACAGCCGCGGCCCAGGCGCUAACGCUAACGGCCAGCACAUGGACUACAAAGACACGUUCGACAUGCUCGAUUCGCUGUUAAGUGCCCAAGGAAUGAACUCUUAAAGAAAAAAAAAAAAAGUAAAGAGAAUGGAAGGAGGGAACGGGGAUGAAAUCGGUGCGGAUAUUGAGCGGCAAAACGGAGAGAAAAGAUCGUCUUAGGUUUUGAUUUGCGAAACAAACGAAUCUUUUUAAAAGGAGGAAGAGUAUGAAUUCUUCCUGACCUUCUGAUCUUAUCGGCUCGGCCCCGCCUUGAUCACUGCACACCUGCUGCUUUGCCCUCCCAUAUUCUUGGGAUGGGAGUGUUGGGGGGGGGGAGGGGGGGGGGGUGGUCGUCGUGUAAAUGAAUUCAUCUCCACGUGAACAUAGUAUUAUAAAUACUGUAAAGGCAUGAAAGGUGCAAUUUCAAUUUUUCUUUUUUCCCUUUUUUCUUUUAAAAUGACUUACACAGUAUUUCCACAACUAUGCUUCCUGCAAGACCUUAUCCUCUUCCCAGAUGCUGUGAUGUCACUCAAUCAAAGACACUGGUCAGACGACAGUACUGAAGUAGGCUUUUAGUUACAUUCUUUGAAUGAGUGUUUUUUUCUUUCUUUUUUUUAUAUCUUUAUACGGUAUGUAUGAUUUGCAUGUUUCAAUCACAAAGGGACAAAAGAUGAUACUGGGCUUAUUUACAGUAAGUGGGGAUAAUGUGCAUACAUUUUUGUAUGUUUAAAAAGCUAUACCACAAAUACUCAGGUUUGGAGCUGCUUGUACGUGUAACUGUGCGCAUAUACAUGCAUACGUGCACAAAAACACGUCUGUGGUGAUGUGGUGUAAGAAUCGUCGGUAUCCAGACUGCAGCAUUCUGCGAUGCGCUUUUGAGCCUGCAGUCUGCCUGACUGCCAGGAGAGGGCGCAUGACUUAUUUAUUGGGGCAAUCCAGACCCGUUUAGUCAGCCAACCGCCUGGCAUGUUUUCGGAGGUCGUGCGAUUUUGCGUUAUUUCGACCUUGGACGUUUUUAGCUGGAUGCCAAAGGCUGCGCCUCAGAAUCAAAAAAAGGAAAAAUUGAAGAAUUAAGAAGUUUACAUAAUCUUUGCUGUGAAGUGCAUUUAAAAUCUUUUUUGGCUUGAUGCAGUAGCCUAGAUUCAAAGAUGUUUAUGGAUAAUGAUAAAAUAUUACUAUUCAUGUCUAUAAAAAUGAAAAACAACACACAAAAAUUAAAAAGGAAAAAAAGAUUUUGUGUCGUAUUACUUUACAGGUCAGUUUCCUAUGUAAUGCAUCCUUUUUAAUUCCUCACGCAAAUUAUUGUUAAUAUGAUUAGUCUUUCAUAAUUUCUGUGCACUGAGUGUCAGAAUGAAGCCAAGACUGUUCCCAGUACCAGUGUAGAGAUUCUACUGUAGGGCUAGUGGUGUAAAAUCAGAAAAGUGCAAAUCCUGACAUCCAGUUUUUCAUUUAAAAUCUAUAAAUAAACCCCAAGAUCACCACCACCUUAAA